GUAGUGACGCGUAUUACCCAGAGGAUGGCGGACGCUGGCUUGCGCCGCGUGGUUCCCAGCGAUCUGUAUCCCCUCGUGCUCGGCUUUCUGCGCGAUAACCAACUCUCGGAGGUGGCCAAUAAGUUCGCCAAAGCGACAGGCGCGACACAGCAGGAUGCCAAUGCCUCUUCCCUCUUGGACAUCUAUAGCUUCUGGCUCAACAGGUCCACCAAGGCCCCGAAGCGGAAGUUACAGGCAAACGGACCAGUGAAUAAGAAGGCUAAGAAGAAGACCUCAUCCAGUGACAGCAGUGAGGACAGCAGUGAGGAGGAGGAAGAAAAAGCUCAGGGACCUCCAGCUAAGAAGGCUGCUGUACCUGUCAAGCGGACCAGUCUGCCUCAGCAUCCUGUAAAGGUUGUGGCUAAAGCAUCAGAGAGCAGCAGUGAAGAAUCCAGUGACGAUGAUGAGGAGGAGGAAGACAAAAAGAAAAAGCCUGUCCAAAAGGGAGUUAAGCCCCAAGCCAAGGCAGCCAGAACUCCUCCUAAAAAGGCCAAGAGCUCUGAUUCUGAUUCUGACUCAAGCUCAGAGGAUGAGGCACCAAAGAACCAGAAGCCAAAGACAACACCUGUGGCAGCUAAAGCUCAGGCUAAAGCUCCAGCCAAGCCAGGUACGCCAGCUCGAGCAGCACCUAAAGUAGCCAAUGGCAAAGUAGCUAGCAGCAGCAGCAGCAGCAGCAGCAGCAGCAGCAGCAGCAGCAGCAGUGACGACUCAGAGGAGGAGAAGGCAGCAGCCAUCCCCAAGAAGGUCUGGGCCAUAGCUUCUAUCAGGGAAGAGACUAUACCUAAAAAGCAAGUCGUGGCCAAGGCCCCAGUGAAAGCAGCUGCUACUCCUGCCCCGAAGAGUUCCAGCAGUGAGGAUUCUUCUAGUGAGGAGGAAGAAGAGCAGAAAAAACCUUUGAAGAAAAAACCAGGUCCCUACAGUUCAGUCCCCCCGCCUUCUGCUCCCCCACCGAAGAAGUCCCUGGGAACCCAGCCUCUCAAGAAAGCUUUGGAGAAGAAACAGCCUGUGGAAAGCAGUGAAGAUAGCAGUGAUGAGUCUGAUUCAAGUUCUGAGGAAGAGAAGAAACCCCAAGCUAAGGCAGUCAUCUCUAAAGCAACCACUAAACCAGCUCCAGCAAAGAAGGCAGCAGAGAGCUCUUCAGAUAGCUCAGACUCCGACAGCUCUGAGGAUGAAGCUCCUGCCAGGCCAGCCAGUACCACCAAGAAUUCCUCAAGUAAGCCAGCUGCCACUACCAAGCCACCUGCAGCUAAGCCAGCUGCAACUCCUAAGCCGCCUGCAGCUAAGCCAGCUGCAACUCCCAAGCAACCUGCAGGCAGUGGCCAGAAGCCUCUGACCAGAAAGGCGGAUAGCAGCUCCAGUGAGGAGGAGAGCAGUUCUAGUGAGGAGGAGAAGACAAAGAAGAUUGUGGUCACCCCAAAGUCCAAGGUGACUGCCAAAGCAGCUCCAUCUGUGCCUGCCAAACAGGCUCCUCAGGGUGGUGGGGAUAGCAGCUCUGAUUCAGACAGCUCCAGCAGUGAGGAGGAGGAGGAGGAAGAGAAGACAUCUAAAUCCCCAGUUAAGAAGUUGCAGAAAGCAGCAGAAGGUGUAGCCCCUUCCAAGGCAGGCACAAAGAAAGUAGAGGCCGAGAGCAGCAGCAGUUCCUCCUCUGAUGAUUCAAGUGAGGAGGAGGAAGAGAAGCCCAAGGGAAAGAGCAAUCUAAAACCACAAGCCCCCAAGGCCAAUGGCACCUGUAUGCCGACUGCUCAGAAUGGAAAAGCAGGCAGGGAAAGUGAGGAAGAAGAGGAGGUGGAAGAAGAGGAAGAAAAGAAAAAGGAAGCAGUGGCAGUUUCCAAGCCAGGUUCAGGAAAGAAGCGGAAGCAGAAUGAGGCUUCCAAGGAGACAGAGACACCUCAAGCCAAGAAGAUAAAGCUUCAGACCCCCAACACAUUUCCGAAAAGGAAGAAAGGAGAAAAAAGGGCAUCAUCACCAUUUCGAAGGGUCAGGGAGGAGGAAAUUGAGGUAGAUUCACGAGUAGCAGACAACUCCUUUGAUGCCAAGCGAGGUGCAGCCGGAGACUGGGGGGAACGAGCCAAUCAGGUUCUGAAGUUCACCAAAGGCAAGUCCUUCCGGCAUGAGAAAACCAAGAAGAAGCGGGGCAGCUACCGGGGAGGUUCCAUCUCUGUCCAGGUCAAUUCCAUUAAGUUUGACAGUGAGUGACCUGGGGCCAUCCUUGGCAAAGCAGGGGUGGUGAUCAGAGACUGCUCACUUUCUUCAGUGGACUUGAGAACCCUCAGCUCCUUUAGGGUAGGUUGUUGGCGAGGACAGAAGUUUAGAGUGGGUCAUAAGACUUUGCAACAUAACAUCCUCUCCGGUCCUUUUCUGUGUUUGUUGUUCCUAGUUUUGUACAGAUUUGUUUUUGAGUGUUGAGUGGCAGGAACAAGGUAAGGGGAAUGUUAUUUUUUAAGAAAAUUUGUUUUAGUUGCCAUCCCUUUCUUCCUGUUCUGUGGAAGUCCUCAUACUGAGAAGUUUGUAUAUUUUAUAUUAAAGCAUUUCCUAGUGAUUUUUCUUGUGAUUUUCAGAGGUGGGGUCCUACAGAUAAAAAAAAUACAGAUAAAAUCUAUGAACCAAAUCUGUAUGCCUAAGACACAGUAAAGGGUCACGUGUGAAAUUUUGUAAUUGGAGGAGAAUUCUGCCUGUGUGAGUGCACGUGUCCACAUUUCAUCCAUUCUUCCCUCAUAGCCCUUAUGAGGGGCAGUUAAAGAAUGGUGAGUGUGUACGUUUAUGUCUAUGUUAAGCAUGCACUAUGUAGUUCAUCCUCAUUCGUUGGGUCUGGGACUGAAGUUUUCAGUCAGCAUGGACCUACAUACUUUUUGGGAUAAAAUUCACUGUUUUGUUACGGGCAAAAGUUCUGGUGUGGUGUGAAUGCCAUAAAUCAGUCUGAAUAUUUUGUUUUCUGUAAUUUUAUCAUUAUUAAUGUUUGCAAUACAUUUUGUUUGUUAAUUUGAAAGCAAACUUUUUUACUGUUGAAAGACAUUUUUCAGUGACUUGACUCUUACUAAUAUUCAAUACUAAGUGAAGAGUACAUCUUCAUCUUCUCGUUUUUUACAUUAUAGAGAACGAUAUAACAUUGAUGUAAUCUGAAAAAUACAUGUCACUUGGUACUUUGUCUUGGUAGCAGUGGUGACACAGAGUUGGUUUCAUUAAUUCCAACACAGUUGGGAAUCACUGAUCAAGAAAGUGAAAAAACGUUCUAGUUAAAAACCUCAGUUUUCAAAAUUAAAAAAAAAAAACAACCCUCAGUUUUCAGUAGGAAGUAGGCAAAGCAUAUUGUCUGAUAAAACUUGAGUAGAGUGGGGUUGGGAGAGCAUCCUGACAGGAUUAUUGUGUCUUAUAGUUGGUAUAUGGGAGCAACUGAUGUGUCCCCUUCAGAACCUUAACUGUUGGUAUCAGUGGAGUUAAUGAUAAAAACCAGUGAGCAGAGAUAUGACUCCUAGGCCAACCUGACUGUUGGGAGUGACCAUUGGUGGUUCAGCCAGAGCAAGAAGGGGAGGAAAGAGCUUUCAAGGAGCUUUCCGGAGGCUAGGCUGUCCCUUUGGUGGGAAAGUGUGCCCCAAGCUUCCACGGAUAAGGUAUAGAUCUUAAGAUUAGCCUCCCCUUGUCUGGAUUUCACACUUGCUAAACAACAUGAUAACAACCUGGUUUUUCAUGUAACUGCCUCUGGGAAGAAAAUGCGUUGUUCAUGCUGACAUAGGUAUUUCAGUCUGCAUGGUAAAAGUUCUACAUCUUACUACAAAAUAAUAAACUAGAUGGUUUAUAAUGUGUCUUGGGAGUUUUAUUGUUGUGAAUCUAAACCCCUCCCACCUUCUACCCAAACCAGAACAACUUGGGUGCCAGGUAGAGGGCUGGGAUCCAGACCUAUGAGUUCACCACAGAGGCUUCUUGGCAGCAGCUUGCUGGCUUUUCUUUGCCUCACCUUGUCUUAUGGUACCUUUUCCAGACUAUCUUCCAGCCUUUGCACAGUCUAAAUUGGUGGUUGGCAAAAUGGCCUGUGGGCCAAUUCUAGCCCAUGGCAUGUUUUUGAAUUACCUAGGAACUAAGAAUGGUUUUCACAUUUUUAAAGGUCUCUUUUAAAAAAGAAUAUUUGAUAGAGACCUUAUGAAUGUUCCACAAAGCUUAAAAUAUUUAAUAUAUGGCCCUUUACAGAAAAAGCUUGCCAACCAGUGGUCUAUAUGAGUGAUUCAUAACACCAGCUGAAAAUUAGAAUCAUCUGGGGAAAUUAACACAUACCCAAGGGCCCAUCUUUAGACCUGUUGAGUCAGACUCUAGUGCUCUCUGGUGGGACUUGGCUACUAGGAUUUUUUAAAGCUGCAGGUUGAUUCUAAUGAGCAACCAAGGUUGAAAACUUCUUAUCUAAGAGUAUGAUAACCUCCCUUUAUCUGUGGCGGAUAUUUUCCAAGACCCCUAGUGGAUGCCUGAAGCCAUGGGUAGUACUAAACCCUGUAUAUACUAUGUUUUUUCCCAUACACGUCUGUGAUAAAGUUUUAUUUAUAAAUCAGGCACAAUAAAAGAUUAACAAUAGUGAAAUAGAACAAUUAUAAUAUAUACUUGCUCCUUAACUUAUGCUGGGGUUAUAUCCCAGUAAACCCAUUGUAAGUCAAAAAGGCAUUUAAUACACCUACCUACCAAACAUCAUGGGUUAGGCUAGCCUACCUUAAAUGUGCUCAGAACACUUAAUUAGUCUACAGUUGUGCAAAAUCAUCUAACACAAAGCGUAUUAUAAAGUUUUGAAUAUCUAAUGUAAAGUAUUGAAUACUGAAUAUGUGUUGCUUUCACACCAUGGUAAAGUUGAGAUACCAUACAUUAGGGGCUGUGUGUACUGUAAUAAAAGUUAUGUGAAUGUGGUCUCUCUCAAAAUACCAUACUGUACUCACCUUUCUUGUGAUGACGUGAGAUGAUAAAAUGCCUAUGACUACUGUUGACCUUCUGACCAUAUGUCAGAAGGGUCAUCUAUUUUGGGUGAUCCUAGGUCAUCGAGCCAUGACAAUGUUGAUGGUUGGAUGUCAAGAGCAGAUGAUGUCAGUGACUAACAGGUGGGUAGCAUAUACAGGGUGGAUGUGCUGGACAAAGGGAUGAUUCACAUUCCAGGCAGAAUGGAGCAGGAUGGUGAGAGGUUUCAUCACUCAGAAUGGCAAGCAAUGGGAAACUUAUGAAUCAUUUAUUUCUGGAAUUUUCCAUGUAAUAUUUCUGGGCUGUGGAUAACCACAGGUAACUGAAACCGUGGAAAGUAAAACUGCUGAUAAAGGGGGACUACUGUAUCUGAAAAGAAAUGAAUUGGUAUUCCCUCCCACUAUACUUCCAUGUCCAAAUAUGCUUGCUAAAUCUAACAGUAUAAAAAUGAAAAUUAAAUUUCCAUCUCAUCAGCACCACACUCUCCCGAGUGAGCCACAGGCCGGCCCUUAAUUUCCAUCUCAUCUUAGCUCCAUUUCCUGGAGCCUGUUUCUUGUGUCUCCUUCCAGAGAGUUUCUAGGUAUGUACUACUAUGUGCACUCUCCCCACCUUUUUCCUUGCACAAAUGGAGUAGCUUGUCAUGUGCAGUGUUAUGUAACUUUUGGAGCUCAUUUCACAGCAGAACACGGCAGCUAAUUUUUAAUGGCUGCAUGGUACUCCAUUGUAUGAAAAUAGCAUAAGUUAUUUAAAGUAGUACUUUGUAGAUAUUUCGGUAAUUUCAGUAUUUUGCUAUUAUAAAUAUUUUCGCAGUGGAUUUUUUUUUUUUUUUUUGGCAUCUGGUCAGUGCAGGGAUUGAACCCUUGGAUGUUCUUAUUCUUGUACAUGAGACUUGGUUUAUCUGGGUGGCUAUUUUUAUAGGAAAUAUUCCUAAAAAUGAUUCUUGGUUCAGAGAAUAUGUGCAUUUAACAUUUUGAUCGUGGGCUGGUGGUUAGCUUAGUUGGUGGGAGCACAGCCUUAUAACACCAAGGUCAUGGGUUUAGACCCCCAUACUGGCCAGAUACCAAAAAGACACACCGUUUUGAUCAUUAUUGCCCUCGAAAGGUGUGAUGAUAAUUUGUAGAUCCGGCAACAACUUAGGAAAGUGCCUCUUUGCUUGCCCUCUUGCCAACAUCAAAUUGAUCUUUCCUACUUGGAUAAAUGAAGAUGCUCUCAUUUUGGAGGGUUUAUUUUUGUUUGUUUUAUUGUGGUAAAACAAAACGUUAAAUUUACCAUCUUAAACAUUUUUAAAUAUAUAGUUGUGUAAUGUUAAGUAUGUUCACAUUGCACAAAAUAUCUCUAGAACUUUUUCAUCUUGUAAAACUGAAACUAUGCAUUAAACAUGAAUUUCCCCUC